AUGUCUUCGAGUACUAUCCAUCAUGCCAUCAUCGACAAAGCCUUCGAGGGCAAUGCGGCGCUCCGGAAACGCGUCUACUCCGCCAUUGCUUCCAGCCCCGAACAUGCCAGCCUCUUCGAGGACAUUGCAAAAUACACCUGCACGCUCCGCAACAGCAGCGGCGGCGCGUCCACCCUUUCUUCCCCCCAGCUACGAGUGGCCGGCGGGGACGGCCCGGCAGAAAAAAAACGCAAACUCAUUAACGGAGGAGCAGUGGUAGGGGAAGGGGGAGCCAAUUCCACAAACGACGCAACGCUGUCAGCGGGCCUAACAGCCGAUGCUGAGUUACAAUUCUACGUGCAGGACCUGUCGUUUGCGGUUCCACAGCGAAAGAAGUUACGGCUGGAACUGACGAGGCUUGCAUCUUCUGCUGGUGACUCUUCGAUGGCAACAGAGUAUCUGAAGGCGAGGAAUCAGGUGUCUGGUGAGGUGGAGUUUGGGGUUCCCCUGUCGAAGAUUCAGCAUAUACUCUGCCUCCCUGUCCCAGAAAAGACACAACGACAAUUCAAUUUCUGUAUCAUUCCAGAGUACGCGGACGGUAUCACUUCCGUCCCUGACGGGCAAGUUACAUUUGAGUCAAUCGUCUGGACUAUUCCCGAUGGCCCCCCGAGGACAGCCUUCCUGGGCUCAGGUACACCAGCUAUGGAAAGCGCAAAUCUUGCGGAGACGUACGAAAGUUAUCUGAAGAGGAUGCUUGAUGAUAAUCUAAAGCAUACGAAAGUUAUUUGUCCGAGUGAGAAGGAAUUUGUGAGUCCGGUUCCUGAGGCUCAUCGGAAGGACGAUAAGGCGUAUCAUGUCAAGGCGUUUCGGGGGAGUAAGGAAGGAUACCUCUUCUUCCUCUCCACAGGUAUCUUCUUCGGCUUCAAAAAGCCCCUCAUCUUCUUCUCCCUCGAAAACAUCGACUCGAUAUCCUACACCUCCGUCCUUCAGCGGACAUUCAACCUCAACAUCGCCGCCCGCUCACCUCUAAAGCCAGAGGAAGUACAGGAAUUCGAGCUCUCAAUGAUCGACCAAUCUAACCAUCCGGGAAUUGAUGCUUAUAUCAAAAAGCACAGCUUGCAAGAUGCCAGUUUAGCAGAAGCCAGGAGGGCUAAGAGGUUGAAUAUUAAUGGCGUGAAAGGUGAUGGUGCUGAUGGUGCGGGUAACGGUGGUGAUGCUGGCGCAAAUAAUGGUGCCGGUGGUAUUGGGGAGGAGGAGGAAUCUGAAUUGAUGAAGGCGCAGAGGGAGAUGGAGGAUCGGGAAGAUGAAGAAGAGGAAGACUAUGAUCCUGGCAGCGAGGGGGAUAGCGAUGGGAGCGGAUCGAGCAGCGAGGAAGAAGAUGAUUAUUAUGAUGGGGAAAGGGAUGGUCAGCAGGAGGAUAAGGGAGAGGGGAGGGAUCUUGUCAAGGAGGAGUUGGGGAGUGAAGCUGAGGAGAUUGAGAAAGAUUAG